GGUGCGGUGAAUCCACAUUCCAAUCAACACUAGCACAAACUCCCGCCAUGGCCAGUUUCGGCACUGUGCUCGACCUAAAAUUUCUUGACGGCCUGCUCGCUCUUCAGCGAAAUCCUGGACGGUGAGAGCCUCCAACAACACGACUACAUCACCAUGUCAGGCUCAAAGAAACGCCAGGCAGAGGCGCCGGCUCAGGCCCAGCAGCCGAAAAAGAGCAAGAAAAGAAAGGCAAAUGCGCCGGACGAUGACUCUCUUGACGUCGAGCUUGGCGUCAACCUGCUCUUCACCCGCAUGGACAACCAGCUCUUGGCGGAUCACCUCGCCCAGAAGUUGACCCGGUUCGGAACCGAUCUCAGCCCUGUUGAGAUUUCCGAUUUGACCAUGUCAGCCAGUACCAUCCGGGAUACAACAUCGUGGCAGGAGUCGAGGACUCUGGACAAGUUACCUGAUUUCCUGGAAAGAUUCUCGACAGGCGCCGAGGAAUUGAUGAAGACGUCCAAGAGGAAGGGAGCGCCACAUACCCUCAUUGUUGCAGGAGCUGGCUUAAGGGCUGCCGACAUUACCAGGGCUGUCCGAAAAUUUUCCCGCAAGGAAAGCACUGUCGGUAAACUGUUUGCCAAGCACAUGAAAGUGGACGAGCAAGUCGAGUUCCUCAACAAGCACAGUAUCGGUAUCGGCGUCGGCACACCUGCCCGCUUGAUAGAUCUCAUCAAAAACGGAGCGUUGUCCCUCGAGAACCUCAGGCGCGUGGUGGUGGAUGCUUCCCACAUUGACCAAAAGAAGCGAGGCGUUAUGGACAUGAAGGACACGAUGUUGCCGCUGGCGCGGUUCUUGUCGCUCGACGAGUUCAAGGGCGGAUACGUGGACGAGAAGAAGCCGCUGGCGUUGCUGUUCUAUUAGAUACCCCUCCACCAAAAAUGAACUCGCGGUUUCUUGGAUACCUAUGAA